ACAGAAACACAUUAUCCCGAUGCAUUCAUGAGAGAGGAACUUAGUCAAAGACUGAAUUUAAGUGAGGCUAGAGUUCAGGUUUGGUUUCAAAACAGAAGAGCUAAAUGCAGAAAGCAUGAAAACCAACUUCACAAAGGAGUGUUGUUAACUAAGCAAAGCCGACCAACAUCAACCCAACUGGAAACUUGCCGCAUAACGCCUUAUACAUACAUGCCAACAAGAAAGCUUGCAUUUUCACCAAGAGAUGUUAACCGAUCCCAAAUAAUGGAACCUAAUAGUUUAACUACAAAUAAUUCUGCUUUUGAUGUAAAUAUUCUUUCAGUAGCACAACAGUACACGUCUGAUCUAACUAAUAGGAGUUCACUAUUUCAAUAUCCUAUAAAUUUGGCUGCCCUUGCUGCUGUUCAUAAAAAGAAUUCCAGUAUUGCUGACUUACGCCUGAAAGCAAAAAUUCAUGCAGAAGCUUUAGGAAUUAAUGAAACCAAUUAAUAUAACAUAUUAUGUGUAAUAAAUCUAAAUAAUGUAAAACUUUAAUAAAUACGC